CAAAGAUGGCCCCCUCCUACUGGGUGUGAGAGGACCGACAGCUGACAAAGGAAACAAAUCUGUCCAGAAAGGACGGCACCGAUUCAUAGCGAUUCACUGCACACGUCCGCUCAGACAACGCAGCGCUUGUAUGCAAAGGAAAGUUACCUUCCAAAUUAUGAAGCCUGUGAGAGAGAGGAAGUGACAGAAGAAGGCCUUCAUUGCUGCACACCAUCUGUUCAGAUCAACCCUCCUCCCUCUUUGUGAGCACCCACCCUGCAGCCAUGCAAAUCAACCCGGUGCACGUGGAGUCCACUGUAGUUUUGGCAGUGGUACUAUGUGUCCACAUGGCGGUCUGGAACCAGCACUCCUGGUGCAGCAUAGCCCUGGUGAUACAGGCUUUCUAUGUGCAGCAUAAAUGGGACCGUCUGCUCAGGUCUGGGGGUGCUGUGUUCCAGUUUCGCCCUUCAGCGAACAGCGGCAUCGUUCCGGCCUCUAUGGUGAUGCCUUUGUUGGGCCUGGUACUGAGAGAAAAGUGCUCUGCCUCAGGGAAUGUCUACUUUGAGCGCUUCUCCAUGGUGGUCACCAUCACAGGCAUGAUGCUAGCCCUGUUCCUCUCCCUGAUUGCACUGGGAAUCACAAGACCUGUUCCCACCAACACUUGUGUGAUUGCAGGGAUGGCCGGCAGCGCAAUUCUCUACACCACAAAGCAGACCCUGACGGUGUCUGAGGUCAUAGAGGUCUUGGAGGUGCUGCUGAUCUUUGUCUAUCUCAGCCUGAUUGUGCUUUAUCUGCUGCCACGCUGCUUCACGCCCGGAGAGGCACUCCUCAUUGUCGGUGGGAUCAGCUUCAUCGUGAACCAGCUAAUCAAGCGCUCCCUGAACCUGGCGGAGGUCAAAGGUGACCCGGUGAACUAUUUCCUCCCGGUGUUAGUGGUGGGCUCGCUGCUGCUGGGCGUUUUCUUUGCCCUGCUCUUUUGUUUCAUGGAGUCUGAGAGCUGGGGGUCAUCGCUCUUCUUUCACAUGAUGACAGCCGUUCUGGGUCUGGGGAUCUUGAUGCCCUGGCUGUCUUUGUUCAUCGGUCGCCACCCCCUCAUGUGGUUGUUGGACUUCAUCACGUUGAAUGACAGGAGACUCUGCCUGCUGGCGUACUGGGUGUUUCUGUCUGUCGUGGCAAGUUGCGUUGUGCUACAUCAGAACUAUCAGCGCCAGUCGGGUUCCAAGAAGCACCAGGCGUCGACCAUCGUCAGGAAGUACUUCCAUCUGAUUGUAGUGGCCACCUACAUUCCAGGGUUGAUCUACGACAGGCAGCUGCUCCACGUGGCAUCUGUGGGUUGCCUGGCGGUUUUCUUGUUCUUGGAGUAUGUGCGUUACUUUCGAAUCAGGCCUUUCGGUCAGCUGCUCAGGCAGUUGCUCACUCUGUUCCUGGACGAGCGGGACUCUGGGCCUCUCAUCCUCACCCACAUUUACCUGCUACUGGGCAUGUCUUUGCCCAUUUGGCUGUUUCCUGGACCCUGUGCCCCUAAGGGAAUACUUCCAGGGGCAGGUGGCCUGGUGCCCUACGCAGGUGUGCUCGCGGUGGGAGUUGGAGACACUGUGGCCUCUGUGUUUGGCAGUACCAUGGGGGAGAUCCAUUGGCCCGGCACCAAGAAAACCUUAGAGGGGACUGCGACAUCUGUGUUCGCCCAGAUCAUCGCCGUGGCCAUGUUUCUCAUCUUUGACAGCAGCAUCAAUCUGAACACCACCUACUCGUGGAUUGUUGGCUCCAUCACUCUGGUGGCCAUGCUGGAAGCCUACACCUCCCAAAUAGACAACCUGCUGCUUCCACUCUACCUCUUCAUCCUCCUGUUGCUUUGAAUGGACCGAUCAUACAAACAAGCAGAUCCACUGCCUGUUUCUCAGCCAUUUCUGGUGGUGAACUUGGGACAAAAAAAAAAGCUGUCUUUCGUAGUCUGUGGAGAUGAUCGGUAGUUAUUUUUGACCAGCACAAUGCGAUUGAAAGCAGUCAGAUUAACCGACCAGGGUAUCGACAAACCUUUACAUGCGACAGUGUUGGCAUGACAGUCUGUUGUCUUUAGAUCAUUUUCAGUAUCCUUUCCAAUGACCAGUGGAACAUUUUAGAUCAAGUCUGAGCCUUGCGACAGAGGUGGCGUAUGUUUUCUCUGCCACCGACACCAACAGCUCCUAAAUUAUGCAACGGGAGACUCAGUUUAGCAGAGUGUGGAGGGGGGAAAAAA